AUGCGUGUCGCGAUCGACCGCCGCCCUCCCCCCAGCCCCGCACACCCGCUGGCACCACGCCACCCGCGGGGCCGAGUGGUGCUUUACUUGGGACCGCUGGUGAGAGGCAGCCGUCCUGCUGCGGGGGAAGGCCUAACGAGUGCAGCGCUUGAUCGCGCGAUAGGUCCGCGGCCCGAUAUCGACCCCCGCGCCUCGGGGCCUAUUUUUAGCGAUCGAACGAUCGCCUCCCAUACCUACGUGAAACUUUCAGGCGUCGCCCAUUGGCCGGGCGUGAGUGACGUCACUGGGCAGAGCCGGCGAAUGGGGGCGGCUGGCAGCGCGCAUGCCCCACGGAGGCUCCCCGGCUCGGCGGGCCUCCGACGCCAGUCUGGGCCCGCUGAUCCCAGGUGUGCCAAGCUCCCGCCAGCCACGUCAAAGACGAUAAGCGGCGCACCAUGGUCCAGCUCUAAAGCCCAGAACCCAACAAACCGAAACAUAUCAAACAACGCACUGAAC